CGUCAUGUAUUGUAAAUUUGGAUUGUCACGUGUUGCCGCCAUUUUUCCGGAUCAGCUGGGUGGAGUUGCCUCAAAUAUCGUCUCUUGAAGUACUCAAUUCAAGUGCCUCAAAUCACAAUGCUGGACUUCCUUUUCAGCUGCUUGGUGGAUGGCUUCUUGGUGCCAACAUCGGUGAUGUCAUCACCAGGAGCUGAGAAGUUGGGUGAUCUGACGCUUGAGCUCGGCCUGGCAGAGGCGUGGAUGGUGCCGAUGAAGGAUGAAUGGGUCCUCCAGCUGCGUCUCGUUGACUUCAGCAUCCAAGUGGGUGGCGAUUUCCAACGUCAAGGGAUCCUGUGCUCCAAGUGCGCGAAGGCGGACACAUGGGCAAAGGACGAUCUUCGAUCAAGAGUGGGACCAAAGCUGUCGAACUUCGGACCCUACUUUACCGUCGGAUAUGAGAGGCCAUUGUUACAGCUACGGUUCGCAACGAUGAAAGAGCAGGAGGCGCUUGUGUCAUCCUUCUGCGUGGAUGGCACCACGUACGAGGCAGCUCUGACCAAUUGUCGUGAUGACUGGAAGAGGACGUUUUGGUUGCUGUCGAAGCUCCCACGCAAGUGGCGGAGCCUCUCCUGUUUGAACAGCGCCAUGGGCGAGGAGCCAUGGGAACAAAGCAUGGAGCUCAUGGCUGUCAUGAAGCACCAAGAAGUGGAAGCUGAUGUCAUCACACACAAGGCGAUGAUCAACAGCUUUGGCCGGGGGAUGCAAUGGAAAGCGACCCUAGGAGAACUGAUUCCCUUGCGAAAGCAAGCCUUGAUAGCCUUGCACAGAAAGGAGGCUAUGGUGGGCUGGGGUGAUGAUUUUGAAACAAGUCCAUGGAAAGAAGUGGAUGGAGAGAAGUGGAGAGAAGUGGAGAGAAUAAGUAGAUGGAGGUAA